AUGUCAGGUUUAGGAACGUUUCCGCAGUGCGAUAGGUUUGAACAUGUUCAUGUUGAUAUAAUUGGGCCUUUACCCACUUCACCCGAAGGUUUUAGGUAUUGCCUAACCAUAGUUGAUAGAGGGACGCGAUGGCCAGAAUGUUUUCCUACGAGAGAUAUAACUGCUGAAACGAUUUCGCGUGUAAUAUAUGAAGGAUGGAUCUCUCGUUUUGGUUGUCCGAAAAAGCUGACAUGCGAUCAAGGACGCCAAUUCGAAAGUCAAUUAUUUGCUACACUAAUGAAGUUAUUAGGUAUUAAUAAGUUGCGUACGACACCUUACCACCCACAGAGUAACGGGACGGUAGAGCGUUGGCAUAGGUCGCAUAAAGCGGCAUUAACGGCUCGCUUAUGCAAUAUAUCAUCAUCUUGGGUUACGGAAUUACCAACUGUGUUGCUAGGACUUAGGACAGCAAUAAGAAGUGAUACCGGCAUAAGCGCAGCAGAAAUUACGUACGGAACAACUUUACGAUUACCAGGUGAUUAUUACGAUAAAAAAUCGAGUUUUGAAAUAGAUAGCAGUCUUGAGUAUGUAAGUAAAUUACGAGAUACUAUUAGGAAAUAUCAGUCAGUAGCUAUUAGGCAGAAUGUAAGACGGAACAUAUUUAUUCACCCCGAUUUAGAAAAAUGCGAUUAUGUUUUUGUAAGAAACGACGCAGUGCGUAAGCCUCUACAACCAACAUACGACGGUCCUUAUCGUGUGCUGAGUCGAGAGGAAAAGGUAUUUUACAUUCAAAUGACUGGCAGGAAAGUUAGAAUAUCUGUAGACCGUCUAAAACCUGCAUAUUAUUUGAAUGAUGAUAGUGAUACGACAUCUGGGGCAGAUACUGAGGUUCCAUUACAAAUUCCAAGUAGCGAAUUGCCUAAUACACAUACCACGCGCAGUGGAAGAGCUAUACGAUUACCGGUACGAUUUAGGUAA